CACGUUUAAGUGCAAAAAAGAGGGGCUGACACACGGGCUUGUGUGUGUGUGUGUGUGUGUGUAUAUGUAGGGGACAGUUGAUAACUUUUCUAUCAUGGGUCACAUGCCCGCCGCUGCAGACAGAGCAGGACAAAAACACAGACGGAAAGACCUCAGCAAAGGAGACGUCAAGCUUUUCCUGUUCCCUCACCUCCCACUUCUUACUUUUUGCAACUUAUUAUCCUGUUCUCCUACUACUGUCUGACUCUUUUUGUCAGACUUUCUUUUGUGUAGCUUGUCAGCUACAUUUUAUUUUUGACAAAGCUCAAUGCUGCUUUUCUUGUACUUUCUGCGUUUGUGUUUCUUCCUCUUACUUCCUGCCUCACUACUUUCCUGACUAAGUUUUCUUGCCUGUAAUCCUCUUUCUGACUGCUCCUCAGAAGUUUUCUCUCCACUAUUGUGUCCUCUCACCUUGUACCUUCCUUCUCUCCUUGCCUCCUAUCUUUUGAAUGGAUAGCUACUCCCUCCUCUACAGUUCCUCCCAAAGAACCGGGCUUCUCUCCGGCUUCCAGCGCCUCCGGUCUCAAAGGAAGAUGUGUGAUGUUGUCCUUGAGGCCGGCGGUGUAUCUUUCCCUUGUCAUCGCGCCCUUUUGGCCAGCUCCAGCGAGUAUUUUUGGGCUCUGUUUGGAGAGACUACCAUAGAGAGAUCAGCAAGCUCCAUUAGCCUUGAAGUACUAACAUCUGAGGGUUUGGAAGUCAUUCUUGACUUUCUGUAUUCUGGCUGGCUCAGCAUAUCACCACCUUCACUUCCUGCUGUCUUGGAGGCAGCCAGGUACUUGCAGGUGGAUGCAGCUGUGUCAAUAUGCGAGCGCUUCAUUACUGAUGGUUUGAGUGCUGAAAACUGCUGUAGCUAUGCUAACUUGGCUGAACAUCACGCCCUCUCAGAUGCACUUCAUGCUGCCAAUCAAACCAUCGCUAUGGAGAUGGGGACAUUGCUGAAGGAAAGCAGGAAUGACCUUCUCAGACUGAAUAUCCAGUCAUUGAUGGCGGUGCUUGAUGCUGACGAGAUACCUAGUGUCAAAGAGGUGGAGCUCAUAAAGCUGGCUCUGGAUUGGUUGAAUGAGAACGGGCCCCUCCCUCUGCUGAAAUCAAAUCUACUGCUUAGUCGCCUGCGUUUCGGAUUGGUCACACCCUCUGAUCUUAAAAAUCUCAGCCACACCCACAGAGCAAUGGGCACACCUUUAAUCAGAAGCCAGCUGACCCGCGCAUUGGAGUACCAUAGGCUGGGUCCAGCUCAGCCAAUCAGACAGAGCAGACAGUCUACACUCAGAGUGUCUCCCAAUCGUGUGCUGCUUGUAGGUGGAGGAUCCAGCCCUGAUUGGCCAGAACAGCAGAUGCUGCUGUUUGAUCCUAGAAGCAAGAAGUUUUCAUCGCUGCGUUCCAGUCUCCCGCUGCGACUGAGAAAUCACUGUGUGUGCUCAGUGGGAGGUUUCCUCUUUGUGAUUGGAGGAGAAGAAGUGAAAGAGAAAGAAGAAGAUGGCAAAAAGUCUGUCGCUGUCACAACAUCUAACCAGAUGUGGCGCUAUGAUCCUCGCUUCAACUGCUGGGAGAAGGCAGAGUCCAUGCUGGAGAGCCGGGCGCAGUUCACCUGCUGCGUGGUGGAGGAUGUUAUUUACGCUAUUGGGGGUCGACACACACGACCAGACACCAACAUGCACACCUCUGUAGCUUCUGUUGAGUUUUACGACAUGUCUACAGGAGCGUGGAGGAGAGGAGCAGCAAUGCCUCGCCCCCUUUAUGGUCAUGCUUCAGCUGUGCUUGACAACAACAUCUAUGUGUCAGGUGGUCGGCCCAGUAAUCAUGGCAAUAUCCACAGUGGCAAUCAGGAUGACCAUACAGAGAGCAGCAGAGAAGUCCUGUUUUGGGACCUCAAAAGCAGAGUCUGGGAGAAACGAGCAUCCAUGUCUAUCGCCAGGUUCAGUCACCGCCUCACAACUGUCCAAGGCCACAUCUACGCCCUGUUGGGAAUGUAUGAGCCUUUCUGUGAUAUAGAACGAUACGAUUCGCAGUCAGACCACUGGACCCGCCUACGACCCCUUCUCACUGGCUCCUUCAACUAUGGCAUGGUGUCAAUGCCAUCUGGGAAUCUACUGGUAUUUGGAGGGAGAAGAUGGAGCGAUGGACAGGAGGUCAUAAUGAAGAGCGUGCUGGAAUAUGAUACGAAGAGAGAUCGUUGGAGAGAGAUCUGUCAGCUCCUCAGACCUCUCACUGGGACCGAGUGCACUCUGCUGCCCCUGCCAGACUAAAGUGCACAUUGUGUAAGAAAAUUUUGACAUGAGAGUGAGACCAUUUUACUUAUAGUCUCAAAAUGCUGAGAACAGAGGAUAUGUGUUAAAAUGAUGGUGUGACAGUGUCAAGAAUUGUACCCUCAAUUUUAAUGUGCUUGUCAUGAACCACAGUCACAUUUAGGGAACUAAAACUAUUUUUCAGACAUGAAAGUAAUAAAAAAACACUAUUCCUCACAGCAGACAGCUUGCGGUCUGUGUGGAAUUUAUACUGGGCUGUCAGAAAUGAAAUGUUUACCACCAUGCCAACCUCAACACUUUUGCUUUCAACCUCAUUGUAUAUUUCAAAUAGUUUCAAGUCCAGUCUUAUGAGAGGAGAACACAUGUGCACUAUUUCAAUAUCUUUCUUUCACUGAGAAUUAGAUCAGAUAUCAGAUCAGAUCUGAAGAUUGAUUCUACAUUAAUUUAAGUCUGUUCAAUAUAAAGCUAAUACAAAGAGACUAUUAGCUUUGUUUAGCAUAAAGCACAACUUCAACUUGCCAUUUUUACACCUUGGUCUUUGUAUGAAUUACACAAGUCACAUAUAUUGUGUUAAUUACUGAGCUUAGUGUAUAUGCAGAUUUUGUUACCUAUGAACAGAGUUGUUGGAAAGGACUUACAGAGAAGAAGGUGCAACCAAACUCUGCAGCUAUGUCAUUUUAACACUUUCACUUUUGGGUAUUUAGCAGAAGUUGUUAUUGGAAGGUAAUGACAUAAGAGUAGAAUAAGCUUAAAAUCUUGGUGGUGAGAUAUAUGGUGUUUUUAUGAGUGAUAUUCCUGUCACAGAAGGUGGUGAUACUGUAAAAGAAAUAAGACAAAAGCUAAGGAGAGAUAUAAAAAGGAUUUUGAGAGCGGUCAAGGAGAUGUAAAGAGAUUUAGGGGGAGAAGGUAAUUCUUGAACAGAUGAGUUUUCAGGACAAGUCUGAGCCAUGCUGUAGAGGAGGCUAUAAGAGGGAAUCAUAACAAGAGAUAAGACGAUGAAGCUGGAGGACAUAUGUGAAAUAAAAACUACGGGAGAGCUAAGCUGAACAUUUUAUGGAAGUUGAAGAUAAAAGUUCCGUGCAUGUGACAUUCCUGUUUAUUGACUAGCGAUUGAUAAUUUCUUUAAGAUAGAUAUAGAAAUAGAAGUAAACAGAAAAUACUGAGCGACUUUUUAAUCCUGACUCAUUUGACCCAUUUCCAUCUGCACUGACAAACAAAUGGACAAAGUGGGUUAAAAUUGCAGAGUAGAAAAAGCAUUAGCAGGAGGUCAUAUGCAUGGUUUGUGGAUAUACCUAGGUAACCCGCUGGAAUUCAUUAUUCACGGACUUUUGUGCAUCUAUAUAUUUCCAUUUAAUAUUGAAUGCAUACUUGCACUAUUUGCAUAAACAUUGCUUAUUAUGUUAACAUGUUUUAUUAGGUUUGAAGAUAACUUUGAAUUCAAAAUGAAUGGGGUGUCUAAUUAAUUAUAUCCGGUAAUGAAUACUGUCAAUAUUUCAGCUCAGCUCAAGUUAUACAUACAGUCGCCUUAAAAUGUAGAAUGUGUGCAGUGUCUAUAAUUAAGCAUUCCAACUAGUAAUAAGCAUGAAGUCGUGAUGUAAUUCUGAGAGAUCGUGAACCACUGAAAGAAGUCUGAAAACAAUCAUGCAUUUAUUUGAACCAAUAAAACUGAACUGUAAAAGCGA